AUGAGCGAGUCGCCAGGCGUAGAGUGGCUGCCGGCCUACAGUCCUGGUCCACCGCGCCAUAGCCCGCUAGGGCCUAUUCCUCGUUUUCUUUACGAAGAUGUGCAGCCCCCGUGUCUCCAACAAGAAAAUAACAACAAGGAAAUAGAGCUUAAAGAAAAUAUGAACAAAAUCAAACACACUAAACCAGCGUACAGUUAUGCAAGCAUGAUCCGGCUUGCCAUCAGCAGUUCUCCCAAUGGUAAAAUGACCCUCAACGAGAUCUAUAACUACAUCUGCAAUGCAUUUCCAUAUUACAAAGAAGCAGGGAAAGGAUGGAUGAAUUCAAUAAGACACAAUCUUUCACUGAAUAAGUGUUUCAUGAAAGUGCCCCGCAGCAAGGACGACCCGGGCAAAGGCUCUUACUGGGCAAUGGACAGCUCCUACAAAAUAGCCGAGGUCACGCCGCGGCGGCGUCGUAGUUUCAGGAUGGCCCCAUACAGUCCGGAGUGCAGUUCGAAUAGCAGCGGUGAGGCUGGUAUAAUACCGUCUGCGGUUGACGCAGCGCCAACCCCGCCUGCCACACCUACCACUCCCACCACGCCUACUUCGCCAACGGUCACCGCAGUUAUCAAAGAAGAGACCAUCGUUAAAGAGGAAAAAGACAUGAGCCACACUGACGAUGCCCUCUCAGCACUGAUGAAUGAAGAGCUGAUGCCAGAUGUCGACAUAAGCAGAGAGCGGUGGUGGUGGUCGGGCGCGCGCCGCCACGUGUGCGGCGCCACGCGGCACAGCUCGCUCACCGACGACUACGGCAACUUCGUGGAGACGCGCGACGACUGCGACUGCCCCGUCGACGACUCGCCCUGCCCCGCGCCCGCGCCCGCCCCCGCCCACGCGCCCGCCUCCGCCUCCGCUUCCGCUUCCGCCUCCGCUCCCGCCUCCGCCCUGCCGCCCGCGCCCGUCGCGCUCUGGCCCGGCGCCUUA